AUGGAGCAUUACCUGAAAGUUUGGGCAACUUGCGAAGCGAGGCAAACUUUCCUUGGACCCCAUGGAGAGGAAUCCCGAAUACAGACCUGCUCAAGAAAUGCACCUUCAGCAGCCCUGGCUUGCACUGUUUGUGCUGCUCUGGUUGGUGAAGACCAGCCUCUUUGCCCAGAUCUCCCAGAACUUGACCUCUCUGAACUAGAUGUGAACGACCUGGAUGCAGACAGCUUUCUGGGGGGACUCAAGUGGUACAGCGACCAGUCAGAGAUCAUCUCCAAUCAGUACAGCAAUGAACCUGCCAAUAUAUUCGAGAAGAUAGAUGAAGAAAGCGAGGCAAACUUGCUAGCUGUUCUCACUGAAACCCUGGACAGCAUCCCUGUGGAUGAGGAUGGAUUGCCUUCCUUUGAUGCACUGACAGAUGGAGAUGUGACCAACGAAAAUGCCGCUAGCCCCUCCCCAAUGCCCGACGGCACCCCUCCCACUCAGGAGGCAGAAGAGCCGUCUCUACUUAAGAAGCUCUUGCUGGCUCCAGCCAACACUCAGCUAAAUUACAAUGAAUGCAGUGGUCUCAGCACACAAAACCAUGCAAACACUAAUCACAGGAUCAGAACAAGCCCUGUGGUUGUUAAGACUGAGAAUUCAUGGAGCAAUAAAGCGAAGAGCAUUUGUCAACAGCAAAAGCCUCAAAGACGUCCCUGCUCUGAACUUCUCAAAUAUCUGACUACGAAUGAUGAUCCUCCUCAGACCAAACCAGCAGAGAACAGGAACAGCAGCAAGGAGAAAUGCACCUCCAAAAGGAAGCCCCAUCUGCAGACUCAGACAAAUCAUCUGCAGGCCAAACCAACAAAUUUAUCACUUCCAUUGACACCCGAGUCACCAAAUGAUCCCAAGGGUUCCCCAUUUGAGAACAAGACUAUUGAACAAACCUUAAGUGUGGAACUCUCUGGAACUGCAGGCCUAACUCCACCUACGACCCCUCCUCAUAAAGCCAACCAAGAUAAUCCUUUUAGGACUUCACCUAAACUGAAGUCAUCAUGCAAGACUGUUGUACCACCUUCAAAAAAGCCCCGCUAUAGUGAGUCUUCCGGUUCUCAAGGAAAUAACCCAAUCAAGAAGGGUCCAGAACAGUCUGAGCUGUACACACAGCUUAGCAACACCACAGUACUGUCCAGUGGACAUGAGGAGAGAAAGACAAAACGGCCCAGUUUGCGGCUGUUUGGUGACCAUGACUACUGUCAAUCUGUGAAUUCAAAAUCGGAAAUACACAUUAAAAUAUCCCAGGAACUUCAGGACUCCAGACAACCAGAAUUUAAGGAUUCUUCACCUGGGUGGCAGUGUCAGAUUUGUUCUUCUUUAGAACAAGACCAGUAUUUCAAGAAAGAGACUAAUAAUAAGCAGGGAUCCCAUGGUAAUAACAGAAAACAGCUACAAGACCAGGAAAUUCGGGCUGAACUGAAUAAGCAUUUUGGUCACCCCAGCCAAGCUGUUUUUGAUGAAGAAGCAGAUAAGACCAGAGAACUAAGGGACAGUGAUUACAGUAAUGAACAAUUCUCCAAACUACCUAUGUUUAUAAAUUCAGGACUAGCAAUGGAUGGUCUGUUUGAUGACAGUGAAGAUGAAAGUGAUAAACUAUGCUACCCUUGGGAUGGGACACAAGCCUAUUCAUUAUUUGAUGUAUCACCUUCUUGCUCUUCUUUUAACUCUCCGUGCAGAGAUUCAGUGUCUCCACCCAAAUCCUUAUUUUCUCCAAGAUCCCAAAGGACACGCUCUAGGUCAAGGUCCUUUCCUCAACGCAGGUCUUGUUCCCGUUCUCCAUAUUCCCGAUCGAGAUCAAGGUCGCCCUGUAGUAGAUCCUCUUCAAGAUCUUGUUGCUAUUGUGAGUCCAGCCACUGUAGACACCGAACAAACAGAAGUUCUCCCCUAGGUGGAAGAUCGCGGUCCAGAUCACCGUACACUCGCAGACCCAGAUAUGACAGCUAUGAGGAAUAUCAGCAUGACAGCCUGAAGAGGGAAGAAUACCACAAAGAGUAUGAAAAACGGGAAUCUGAAAGAGCCAAGCAAAGGGAGAGACAGAGGCAGAAAGCAGUUGAAGAACAUCGUGUGAUUUAUCUGGGUAAAAUCAGACCUGACACAACCCGAACGGAACUGAGGGACCGGUUUGAAGUUUUUGGUGAAAUUGAGGAGUGCACAGUAAAUUUGCGGGAUGAUGGAGACAGCUAUGGUUUCAUCACCUACCGCUAUACUUGUGACGCCUUUGCUGCUCUUGAAAAUGGAUACACUUUACGCAGGUCAGAUGAACCUGAUUUUGAGCUGUACUUCUGUGGACGCAAGCAGUUUUGCAAGUCUAACUAUGCAGACCUAGAUUCAAACUCAGAUGAUUUUGAUCCUGCUUCCACUAAAAGCAAGUAUGACUCCAUGGAUUUUGAUAGUUUACUUAAAGAGGCACAGCGGAGCCUGCGUAGGUAA